GGUGUGGUGGCGGCGCCAGACGUACUACACGUGUAUCAGCCAGCGAGUGACACGUCAGGUCCCAGGUGCUGAGGUGACUCAGUCACUCAGUAGGAAAACAUUAGUCAGGUACAGGUACACCGGCCUCUUCAUUGGCGUGUGUUAAUUCAGCACCAAGCACAAAAAUGUCAUCUUUGGUCUUCCAGUUAAUGGUGCUAACAUUAGUUGUGUGUUCUGCCUUGUCUUCCAAACCUCCCAAGUCCCAGGUAGUAAAGUGUGCAGUAUGUCGCAGUUUGGUUAAUGAAUUCCACGCAGCCAUCAGUGAGGUUGACCCGAGGAAGAAGAUUGACAUAGGUUCGUAUCGAAUUGAAGCAGAUGGAAAACAGAAGUUGUCAUCAGUGAAGUAUGCUGGUUCAGAGAUGCAUAUGUUGGAGAUGAUGGAGACUGUGUGUGACAACAUGAAGGACUACGCUCAGGCUCGUAAUAAAGAAACCAACAAGCUGGAGGCAAUUAAGCUUGUUGUUAAUGGAGCGAUGAAUCCUCACUUUAGUGAGUAUGAGAUGGUUCAAGAUCCUGAACUCAACAAAGGGCUGCAAUUCCACUGUGAAUCAAUUGUUGAAGAUUUUGAAGAUGAAGUAGUUGCAUAUUUUAAAGACAAUUCUGAAUUGGAUAUAAAGGACUCCCAGGAGCAGUUUUGUAGUAAAGUGACAAAAAUUUGUGUUGGUGUAAGAGAUGAACUGUAACUUAAUAAAUUCAUAAUGUACCAUAAGAAAUUUUAAUUUUUUAUGAACAAUUGUUAACCAAAUAGAAUUUUUUAAUAUCCUACAUUCCAAGAGUACUAUGUGUUUUUUGUCCAGUAGACUAAAUACUGUACAAUACAGGUACAGUACUCUUAAAAAGUUUACAGUAGGCUACAAAAUGGCUCACAUGGUAACCCUCAUAACUAAAAAGCUCACAAAAAUUUUUGGUAAGCCAGGAAUGACAUGCCCGAGUACCCCAUUCCAUCUACAGGUGAAGUGUGGGAUGGUGUACACAAUGUACCGCUACUUGUUCAUGUUUCAGUGCUUGAAGGUAGAAGGAUUCAUAAGGUUCGAUACAGAGUAUUGCAUACUUUUAAAUUAUUUGACUUCGUGUAGCAAAUGUUUAGCACUUAAAAAUGUGAACCAAGCUCAAUUUUAUUAUAUUUCUAGUGUUUAGAACCUGAAUAAACACAAGUAGGAGGAGGAGCGGUGUAUAAGAUGAGAGAAAAAAAAAGUAUUUUCCAAAGUAUUUAGUCACUAUUGUGAUCAAUUUUCAGUUUUCUAACUCAAAAUUUGCCAGAGAUAAAAUGUGGACAGGCAAAGAAAAGAAAUAUAACAAUGUUCCUCUUUCACAUUUGUUUGUGCAGCACCUGAUGAUGGAACGGGGGGGGCAGUGUGCCGUAAAAGAGUAUCAUUCUUGAUUUUUCUAUAAAUUUAUCCUUUCAAGGGAUAUGUGGAUAGCACUGGUAAUGUAAAUGGGAACAUGUUAGACAAAUGAUUGGAUAGAAUGUAAAGAUAAUUUGGGCAGAGAGAAAAUGGAUAUGGGAGAAUUGAUAAGUAUGGUAAUGAGGUAAAUGGAAGAGAGUAGAUUGAGAGCUUGUGACUUAAGAGAUGGUGAGUGAUUGUGGAGUAGUAUUUUAUAAAGAUGGAUUGUGUGGUCUACUGCCAGGUAAUGAGAGAUGGUUCAUAGGAUAUACAGUAGAUAUUAGGAUUGGAUAUAUGUAGUACUAUACCUGUACAUUUUUCAGGAAAGCUUAUUUUUUUAUUGCUUAAGAUGACUGAUUACCUGUAUGGCUUGUGUUAAUUUGUUGAACUAUCUUAUUGAAAGAUUGAGUAUUAACACAAAUUUAUAUUCCUCAUCAUUUUAAAUAAGUGAGCUGUACUGUAGUAGUGUAUUUCAAUGGCAAUGUUAUACAAUAUUUGAGUUAUGUAUUUACAUAAGAAUUUAACAAUAUAAAUAAAAGUCUAUUGAUAGAAUUACAUACAAUUAUUGAUCGUUCAAUGUUGAAAUAUUAAUGAAAACAGAUUGAACAACAGCCACAGGAAUGAUUCUACGAACUUACCCUAACUGUUUUCCUGGUGUGGGUUUGUUGUUUUAUCUUGUUUUGGAGGGAAUGAACUUUUGACCUGAUUGUACCUAUAGUGACUAGCCUUGUUAACUAGGAAUUAUAAAUGAAUUGCCCAUUAUAUUUAGCUGACGAAAUAUAGGUGUGGGCAGAUCAGUAUUACAUCCACUUGAAAAUUUAAUUUGUGAGAAUAUAGUUAAGAAAUGAUGUCAUUAUACCAAUAUUUAUGGUCAUCCUUUCACAGUCACCCAUAAAAGUCCUGUCACCUCUCCUGCUGAACCAUGAACCCCAAGAUUUAGAUACGUGAACCCAAAGCAGUAGAUCGAUACAUUAUUCUGCCCAUAAAUGCUUCGGAUUCACAAGUCUGAAUCUCGGGGUUCAAGGCUCAGGAGAAGACACGACUGGGUGACUGUACCUCAAUAUUCUCUCUUUGAUUGUCUCAUGACUUGACUUUUAACCCAAUAUGUUCAUAACUCUACCAUCUUGACUAUACUUUUGAUAGUUUAAGAUUUCUUAGCAUUCCAAACAGUUUGUUGUGUGAAUUAAAUUUUUUGUUUACAUUGAGAUAAAUUGUUGCACAAAGUUUUGUUUGAACUUAUAUAAAAAUGUAUGAAAUUUUUGGUCCUAUUAUAUACUGUACAGUAAAGCCUCGAGUUACAACGGUAAUAUAUCCUCCAGUGUUGUGGUGCAAGGCGAAUCAUAGUACACGUAUCCUGAAUCAUUCAAUCAGUCAGAGGGUUGGCGACCAGAGGAGUCUUCUCUAAAUGUUGGCCUUCUUUUCACCGAUCCUUCAAGGUUUUGUGUCUCUCUGGGGACCCAGGUUUUAAUUUCAGUCAUCCAUCCCAGACUCUGUCUUCCCCAAGCCCUCCUACCCUCAACUUUGCCAAUUAAUAUUUCUGUUAUUAUCUCCUCACCCCUUUAUACGACCACUGGUCGGCUCGUUAGCCGCUUGGGUUGUUGGUCAUGUCUCCAGUACAGUAUUUCUCUUGAAAUUUUUACUUCAGUAUAUUAGUACAAUACUGUACAGUACAGUACCGGUAUGUGUUUUAUUUAUUAUUUGUGAAAAUUAUAUUAAAUUUUAUUGUAUAUUUUUCUAUUUCCAUCAUAAAUAUGAAUAAAAUGGCAAUGUAAAUUGAAUUGGGUCCUAAAUAGGAAUUGGUGUAAUUCGAGGCUUUCGUACUAUACAUGUCGUAAGCCACUAUUGCACUGACAUUCUGUGAUUUACAUUGUUUUGUGAAGGUUUGGCAUUAUAAAUGUUCAUCUCUCAUUAGUUUAAGUCACUAGUUUUAGAUGUUUAUGAAGAGAAAUGACAAAUAUUCUGAGCUUUUUUUAAUAAUCAUUUUGGGUAUUCUUUAUAUUUUUAUGCAGUGGCUUCAUAAACAAUAUAGUGUGGUCAUUUUAUGUCUUUAAAGUAUAGUAUAGUAUUAUGGGCUGUAUUAAACCAUGACACCUAUUUCUACUCAUACUACAGUACUCACUUCCAUCCACUUGAUGUCCUUCCGCUGUAUCAAGUUGUAGGUUAACUGAUUAUGUUGGAGGCCGACUUUUGAGAACACUGAACCCAUUUUGUAUUUAAAAUAUAAUGAUGAUUUUGUUCAAAGA